CCAUAUAUGUAGCAUACAACAUGUGAACCCCAUGAAUGUGGCAUACAACAUGUAAACCCCAUAAAUGUGGCAUACAUGUGAACCCCAUAUAUGUGGCAUACAACAUGUGAACCCCAUAAAUGUGGCGUGCAACAUGUGAACCUCAUAUACGUGGCGUACAACAUGUGAACCCCAUAUACGUGGCAUACAACAUGUGAACCCCAUAAAUGUGGCAUACAUGUGAACCCCAUAUAUGUGGCAUACAACAUGUGAACCCCAUGAAUGUGGCAUACAACAUGUAAACACCAUAAAUGUGGCAUACAUGUGAACCCCAUAUACGUGGCGUACAACAAGUAAACUCCAUAUAUGUGGCAUACAACAUGUGAACCCCAUAAAUGUGGCGUGCAACAUGUGAACCUCAUAUACGUGGCGUACAACAUGUGAACCCCAUAUAUGUGGCAUACAACAUGUGAACCCCAUAAAUGUGGCAUACAUGUGAACCCCAUAUAUGUAGCAUACAACAUGUGAACCCCAUAUACAUGGUGUACAACAUGUGAACCCCAUAUAUGUGGCAUGCAACAUGUGAACCCCAUAAAUGUGGCGUGCAACAUGUGAACCCCAUAAAUGUGGCGUGCAACAUGUGAACCCCAUAAAUGUGGCGUGCAACAUGUGAACUCCAUAAAUGUGGCGUGCAACAUGUGAACCCCAUAAAUGUGGCAUACAACAUGUGAACCCCAUAUUUGUGGCAUACAACAUGUGAACCCCAUAUAUGUGGCGUACAACAUGUGAACUCCAUAAAUGUGGCGUACAACAUGUGAACCUCAUAUACGUGGCAUACAACAUGUGAACCCCAUAUAUGUGGCGUACAUGUGAAUCCCAUAUAUGUGGCAUACAACAUGUGAACCCCAUAUACGUGGUGUACAACAUGUGAACCCCAUAAAUGUGGCAUACAUGUGAACACCAUAUAUGUGGCAUACAUGUGAACCCCAUAUACAUGGUGUACAACAUGUGAACCCCAUAUACGUGGCGUGCAACAUGUGAACCCCAUAAAUGUGGCGUGCAACAUGUGAACCCCACAUAUGUGGCAUACAACAUGUGAACCCCAUAAAUGUGGCAUACAUGUGAACCCCAUAUAUGUGGCAUACAACAUGUGAACCUCAUAUAUGUGGCAUACAACAUGUGAACCCCAUAUACGUGGCGUACAACAUGUGAACCCCAUAUACGUGGCGUACAACAUGUGAACCCCAUAUACGUGGCGUGCAACAUGUGAACCCCAUAUAUGUGGCAUACAACAUGUGAACCCCAUAUAUGUGGCGUACAUGUGAACCCCAUAUAUGUGGCAUACAACAUGUGAACCCCAUAUACGUGGCGUGCAAGAUGUGAACCCCAUAUAUGUGGCAUACAACAUGUGAACCCCAUAUAUGUGGCAUUCAACAUGUGAACCCCAUAUAAUGUGGCGUGGAACAUGUGAGGACCUCUACUAGCCUGGAAGAUGCAUCUUAAUGUGUACAGUCCAGAAAGUCAUUUUAGUCUGUAUGGACACUCGUGGCUCCCCCACUGCCCCAAUCGUGCUUGUGCUUGUUUAUGUAGCAUCGGGUAGUUUCAUUCGACUACAUUUCCGCCAUUGCUCUAUUAAUCUAUUAAUCAUUUUUUAAAUAUUUUUAAUGCGAUGAGAGACACUCCCUCUGAAUGUUCUGAAGCAGAAUAAUGCUGCAUAUAAGUGGAGCUCAGACUAAAUCAACAGCGCCUCAACCGAGUACUGCACUCCAUUUUGACUCCUAAUGGCUUGCCAUUGGAUUAUUGCAGCACUCCAAACUGUAAUCUAGUUGGUGUUCCCUCUAUAUGGACUCACUGCGUAUGACUGAAGGAGAGGACUCCAUGCCUUAAGUUUUCAUUUUCCUCAUAUCGGCUUCAGCUUGAACAUCAUUUUUUUGUGGGAACACGCAGGAAGUAACACACGCCACUUUUUCCCCCUUAAGUGUCAAACUACGGCUGUUCCUAACAAACACUCCCUCAUGUUCUUAAUGGCAACUGUGAUGAAUGUGUGCCAGUGGAAGUGUCAUGGGGUCCAAUGACAAACACGUUGCAUGAGCCCCCUCCCCGUGACUUCAUGUUGGCCUUCAGCAUGCUGCAAGGAUGUACAGCUUUCAUGUCAACCACCUGAUAAGAGACUGAAUCUGCUAAAUAUGUGAUGUAUAUUUGUCCCCCGUAAACCGUCUGAAAUGUACUCAGAUUGCGGGGAAUAGACACGCAAAAGUUGUUUUUUUAUUAUUAUUAUGUAGGGUGAAUAGACAGAAAGCAAGCAAGAAGCAGAGUGGAAAUACAUUUGUCUGAUAAGACGGUAAGUUGUUAUUUUCAUAACAUGUUUUCUUAAUGAAUAAAAUAAUGAUUUUAACUUAAAACGCGUGUGUGUGCGUCAACAACACCCAGAGGGCGGUUUAUGUUGAAGCACAAGACAGUCAUGAGGAUAUGAACAGCAACAAUAAUGUGCUAAAGUUUCAAAAAUGGGAAAAUAGUUGUGACGUUUUUUUAAAUUAAGCAUAAUUUUAUUUGGAGCCUCCCCUUACAUUACGACAUUUUAUUUGUGUGAAAUUAUUGUUACACUAUUUGAGUAAAACUUUAAUUUAAUUAUAACGCAUGUUUUGGGCCAAAAUAAUCCUUUUUUUUUAUUAGUGCAAAAUAACAAAUGUAACCUAAUUAUAACAUUUAAUCCUGCAAACAACUUCUGCUAGGGAUUGAACCAAAUAUAAAUGCUGCCUUGGACGGUCGGACCACCGGACAAAACAUCUCGAGCACGGGUCUCCAAACUACGGCCCUCGGGCUGGUUCCGGCUCGCCAGCGUCCUAAAUCCCAAGUUUAAAAAAUAUGUAUUUAAAAUUAUUUUUUUUUAAAAAUCUGUCCUUUCUAAUCCAUUUUCUACUGCCUGUUACUCUCGGUGUCUCCUAGCCGCUCAGGCAAAUCAUAUUGUCUAAAACUGCAUUUCUCCAUCGGCCAAAUUGUUUUAAGCCAAUGCGGCCCCCCAAGUCAAAAAAUUUGGGGACCCCUGAUCUAGAGGAACAUUUGCUCUCAUCAAUGACGGAGCAGGAAGAGGUUUGGGUUCCACUUGUUGUAAAAUGAUAUCCAAAACUCCAUGUCCUUUAUUAAUUGACAUUUUACAUGCGACCCCGAUAGGGACAAGCAGUAGAAAAUGGAUGGAUGGAUGUGCCUCUUCAUGCAGAGCGUGAUCUGGUUAAAAAAGGGCUAUUUAUACUACAACCGAUUCUUUUGACAAAAAUAUAAAUAACAUUUUGACUGAAUGUGACUUGACUUUUAUUAGUAGAUUGCACAGUACAGUACAUAUUCCGUACAGUUGACCACUAAAUGGUAACACCCAAAUAAGUUUUUCAACGUUUGGAACUCAGUUCCGGAUGCAGCUGAGAUAGGCUCCAGCGACCCCAAAAAGGGACAAGCGGUAAAAAAAAUGGAGUUCUAAUUUCUUCUAGAUUUUUUUCACCACCUUUUUUGCCAUACAUCUGCUUAUAACCACGAGUUAGUUUAAUAAUGCGGUAUGUACUAUUUGGCAUGUCGUAACUGUGGAAACAAAGGAUUAUUUAAUUCGAAUAAAAAAAAAAAUCAUCCCUAAAACCUUUCCUGAUAACGACGAUACAAUAGCGAGCUGUUCAACGUGCAUGUUAGUUCUGCCGCCAGCCACUAGGAGGCGCUGGAGCCACGCCUGUGUUUUAGUGACGUCACUUCACGUACUGCAGAAGCUAUCAUUUCCGCGACACGCUUGAGGACACCUUCGCGACGUCAGCAUGCAGGAGGAAAGUGUCCCAGCAGGUGAGCAGCAGUGCGCUAAGUGUGGAUCCAGACUCAGCCUACCUCAGACGGACGUACCUGGCAGCGCGUCCAGGUGUCCGUCCUGCCCAGCGGACGCCGUCGCCGUUGCCAUCGUCAACGGUGAGCCGGCGCAGAACAGCGCCCCCUCGGACCCUCACAGCUGCUCUGUGUGCGGCAAAACCUUCAUCUCUUCGGCCAACCUGACCAGUCACCUGGCCUCCCACACCAAGGAGAAGAGGUUCAGGUGCAACACCUGUGGGAAGUUCUUCUACCAGCCCUCCCACCUCCUGGCUCACGAGGCCAUCCACAGAGGCGACAGGCCCUUUAAAUGCCCGGAGUGCGGCAAGACCUUCGGCCGAGCGUCGCACCUGAAGACGCAUCAGCGGCUUCACACGGGCGAGAAGCCCUUCAAGUGUUCCUUCUGCAACAAGGCCUUCGCGCAGAAGGCGGGGCUGCUCUCGCACAUCCGCAUUCACACGGGCGAGCAUGUCUUCAAGUGCGACGUGUGCGGCGACACUUUCACCUCUCUGCCGCUGAUGCUCACACACAAGAACGAGGAGGCCGCUCGGCUGGGGAGAGCACCGCCCGCUGCGCCCGCGCCCGCUCGGGCCGCCGUCGCCGCCACCGCCGCCGACGACAUCAAGUGCGGCCUCUGCUGCCGCACCUUCAUACACUCCUCUUACAUCAGACUGCGCGUGCACCUGCAGAAGGGGCUGCGGCCAUACCACUGCAAAGUGUGCAACAAGACCUUCGUCAAGAUGGAUACUUUCAUCAGCCACUGCGAGAAACACCUGAAGCAGAACGGGGAGAAAAGCGAUGAAGAGUGCGUGGUCAAACCUCCCAUGUUCAUUCCUCUGUCCAAGCCGCCGCCGUCGUCGCCAUCGCCGUCGUCGGACGCUGCUCAGCCGUUGUCCUCCUCUGACGUCGCCACUCACUUCAAGGCCAAAUCCAAAAGCUAAGCAUGAUCAAGUAUGUGAAGCACACACAGCAUUUUUGGGGAUGUUUUAGUUCAAUCCCAAACAUCCGUACACAGCGUAGUCUGCAGAGUACUCUGCUGCGCACACGCCUAUUUCUCACAUCCACGUGACAUUGAUCCGCAUUUUGCCACCAAGGCAAAUCAUAGAAUUAAAAUCAGACUUUUUGAUUGCACAAACAUUCAAACACAUUUUUGACACUAUUGCUUGGUGCAGCUAACGACCGUGUUGACUUUUUUAGUUCUUCAUUUCACCUCUGCAGAGUUCAUCUCCAUGACGUCAUCCUAUAAUUUGCUAUGAUAUCAUUUUCUUUAAGAUAGAUAGUAGUAGAUAGUACUUUAUUGAUUCCUUCAGGAGAGUUCCCUCGGGAAAAUUUAAAUUCCAGCGGCAGUGUACAGAAUUGAGAUUGAAUUUAAAAAGUAAAUAAUGGGGGUAUAAAUGGAAAUAAAAUAGAAAAUAUUACAAGAAGAAUACAAAUAAAAAGCAACAGUAAGAUAACAAAUCUAACAAGAGAAACCAGGCAGUAGUGACCUUGUUAUGAAAAAGUGUUGCACUGUUAUUGUUUUGCAUCCCCUGUCAUCCGAGCGCCCCACCUCCCCCCUAAAACGGCUCAUAUAUACAUCCAUACAUUCAAAAACACAUCUAUGUUAUUAAUAAGUUAACAUAUUGUAUAUCAUUUUUCUCUGUUUUAAUUUGUUGCUGCUUUAAUGUACAAUGUACUUUGUUGAGAAUUGUUCAAGUGUCUCUCGAGACUUUUAGUGACUUUUUCCUAAUUAUAAACAACUUGCAAUUAAAUCUAGCAUCUUUUUCCGGUCUUAUUAAAGACUGUACUUGUGUUUAGAGACCUUACUUUUGUCCAUCAAUGUCCGCGACGAAAAGGGAGCCGCAGCGAGCGUGACGUCACACUUUGCGCUGCUGCUCCAGUUGGACUUUCUUUCUUUAAAAGCCGCCACUGUCCUCUUAAUAUUUGCACAUUUUGUAAAUCACUGUCGGUGGGUAUAUUUUGGAUAUCCAUCCAUCAAUUUUAUUAAGUAAAAACAUUACGUUCACAUCGCAUAUAUGCUGACUACACUCCAGACAUUUGCUUGCAUCUUUUCUGCAGCUGUUUUCGGUGAACAAAGUCCUUUUUUUUCGGCGGCCGAAUUUUUGGUGCAUCACUAGUCAAUAGUGUGCAAAUAAUAGGCUAUAUGUAUCCAUUCAUACUGUAACGCCCUGCUGGUGGUAAUGUUUUAUGUUAGUGGGGUUUAGAUUUAAUGUUCAUUCUUCCUUGAUCGCAAACACACCGUCCGUGCCUGUAAGGGGAUUGGCAGAGCAUGAAGAAGCACAGAGAUGAAAGUGUGUGUAUUGGGCUGGUUGUUGGUAUAAGAUUGGCAAUAAUAGUUAAAAAUAGCGUCUAACUUUUGACUUCUUCUGGAGGCUACAAUAAAGUAUAGUACUUUAGUUGUUUUCAGAUUUGCCUUGGCGGUGCGCCACAAUCAGUUACUUUAAGGGGAAACACUGCUGCAUAUUGUACGGGGUCAUAGCUGUAGUGGCCCCGUAUGGAAUAUGUACUGUACAGUACAGUAUAUACUUAAGGUGUUAUUAGCGCCUGUUUCAAACUGUCAGAACUAUUCUCGAGGAAGCCACCCAUGCCAGCUGUGAAACCAUAUUGCUUGCUAAAAACAUUUCAAACAUGAAAGUAUUGUUUCUCUUUCAUGUCAUCCUGAGAGGUCCCUCAGUCACACAUUUCACAUUAAUAAAAAGGUUUGCUUCCAAAAAACUGCUUUAAAAAGUAUUUUUCUCCAUUUUGUAAGCCUGAAAUAUACAUUUAUAUUUAGUUUUUACUCUUUUAAAGGUCAGCAUUUUUAUGCCAUUGUUUCUAUUAAUUAAACAUAAUUUCCAGGAAAUAUCUUCCAAGGAAUAAUUUAUUAUUAUUACUAGGCCAUGGGAUGGGUCAUUGAUUGGCAGCGACAUUGAAUUGCUCGCAUAUUUUAUCUUCUGUCAAAAAAUAAAACUUACAUUCAAGGUCCAAAAUAUCAGCUUAACUGUUGUAAAGAUUGUACAGUAUGUCAAUAUUGUUGUCACUACUUUCAACAAGUCAAUCUUUCUGUUCUGAAUCUGACAAAGUAAAUAAAUAAAAUAUUGUAUUAUUGAAUCCAACAGCACGGUUUCAAACAUGAUUUUAGCCUGCUGUUUGUUUAUUUUGCACAGCUGAGUGAGUCUUUGAGCGCUGAUUGUUUUAAGACGGUCUCAUAUGCUUUUUUUUUCUGUCAUUUCCAGCUAAAAGACAUUCAAGUUUCAAAAGAUAAAAAUGACUUUUAAAAUAAGAGUAAGCUCAAUAUAUUAUAUAAGGAAACAGAGCAAGUCGUGUUUAAUUUUGCCUGAAGUAUAUACACUGCAAAAUAUACAAAAACUGUUAUUAUAGAAUAUAAAUACAUCUUUGUGAAAGUUGAUUUGAUUGUGUCCAGUACUCACCAGUAUUGUGUAAAUAUUGUCCAGAUGUACCUAUGAAAGACUGUUCUGAAACAAAAUAAACUUAAAUGCAACUGAA